AUGGGCUCUGUCGGACGGGAGUAUCGACCGCGUGGCUAUCAGCUGGAGAUGCUGGAGCAGAGUCUUGUGCAGAAUAUCAUCGCCGUGAUGGAUACAGGCAGUGGCAAGACUCAAAUAGCCAUUCUUCGUAUUCAGGAAGAGCUCGAGCGAUGUUCUCAGGACAAGCUGGUUUGGUUUCUCGCGCCCACAGUGGCCUUGUGCACUCAACAGUACGAGGUCAUGCUCUCCCAGUUGCCAGCUGCGAGGAUCAAAUUGCUGCUCGGUGCCGACAACGUCGACCGCUGGAGCGAACAGCGAAUUUGGGAUGCGGCGUUACGCGGUGUGCGUAUUGUCGUCUCAACACACGCCGUCCUCCUCGACGCCCUCGCCCAUGGCUUUGUCCAGAUGACCAGACUGGCCCUGUUGGUGUUCGACGAAGCCCAUCACUGCCGGAAAAAACACCCGGCGAACAGGAUCAUGGAGGAUUUCUACCAUCCGCAGAAGCAGCGCUCGGGCCCGGACUCGGUGCCUCACAUUCUGGGGCUGACGGCGAGCCCAAUCGUGAAAUCCAACUCCAAGGAACUCGAGUCAGUGUUUGCUCUCCGACGUGCCCUUGUUGAACCGCCCUUUAACGCCAAUAGUGCUCUCGAACGAAAUCUGGAUGCCACUUGUCGCUCCCCUCGCGUGCAAAGAGGAGAGAUGUUGAGUUUUGUCCACAGGCCUGUUCUGAAAACAGCCAUGUACAAGUCCGUCAGUCUGACCGCCGGUCCACUCCAAAGUCCGGCGCUGUGGCUGCUGGAUAGAAUAGGUCGAGGUGUCACGACCCACUGGGACGACUUGACAGCUCCCGAUGCUCUCGACCUGGGAACACGUCUUUCGGCCGGUGGGCAGGAGGAGCAGUUGGUCAGAUUCAAGAGAAGAGCUGAUCAUAUCUAUGAAGAGCUCGGACCAUGGGCGGCCGAUUACUUCAUUCUAGAAUCGGUUAAGGCACUCAACGAAAGCAUUCAUGCCCGAUAUGAAUACCUGCUUGGGUUCGCGCCCGCCGACAAGACCUGGCUCAUCCAAGUACUGGGUCAGAUCCCAUCACUCAUGUGGAGCACGACUGCCGACGCCGAGGACGAUGUACUCGUUUCGCCAAAAGCUGAAAGGCUGAUACGGUUUCUCGCCGACCAGGAUGCCGAAAGAUGUUCGGGGCUCGUGUUUGUCCAACAGCGUGCGACCGUCAGUGUUUUAAACGCUCUGCUCUCACGACACCCUCAGACGAAGAGCAAAUUUCGAUGCACGACAUUCGUGGGAUUGUCGAACAGCAGGAAGAAGCGCUACUCAAUGGCGGAACUGCUGGACUUGAAAGCACAGCGUGAGGCAUUGACCGAAUUGAGGGCCCAAGUCAAGAAUCUUAUCAUCGCCACGGACGUCCUGGAGGAAGGCAUCGAUGUCUCGGCCUGCAACCUGGUGGUCUGUUUCGACGUACCCUCCAACUUCAAGUCAUUCCUGCAACGAAGGGGAAGGGCCAGGCAGGAGCAAUCCACGUUUGCCAUCUUGCUGGACAGCAAGGUCGAGAACAAAGAUAAACUCGAGCUCUGGCAGCAGCUCGAAGAAGAGAUGAUUCGACUCUAUCAAGACGAGACGAGACGGGCCCAGACCGGUCCAGUAGAAGACCACGAACCUGAGGAGAAUAUCCCGUUCGUGAUCAGCGUUCCUGCCACAGGGGCAAGACUGACUGCUGACAUGACCAUGGGACGUCUUCAUCACUUCUGUCAAAAGCUGCCUCCGCAGCCUUACGUCGAUCUUCGACCUGCUUUUGAGACCACUCAGGACCCGCGGACGGGCUUAUUCACCGCGACGGUCACCCUUCCCAACUGUAUUAGUGCUUCCGUGCGGCAAGCACAGGGAUGCCAUGCAUGGCAAACGCAGAAGACGGCGAGGAAAGAUGCCGCUUUCCAAGCUUACCAGGCACUGUUUGUGGCGGGUUUAUUGAACGAUCACCUUCUUCCUCUCACAGAUGAACGGCCAUUGGCGGGAGAUCAAGUCAACCCUCUCCCGCCACUUGUGCCAGUCAACGCACGGUUUGACCCUUGGAUUGAACAGGCCAAGGCGUGGGCAGCCCCCGACCUCCACAGAACUGAUAUCAUCCUCCAGGCGCAAGCCACCGAUGGCACCGAUGGCGCAGCACCCGUGUUCCAAUUCUCUCUGACGACUCCGUUAGUAAUACCGGUCAUCGAUGAGAUCACAAUGUACUGCAGCCAGAACAUGAACUUCAUCGUCAGGCUGGGAGAAUCGAAGAAAAUCGGCUCGCUAAACCACGAGAUCCUGGACGACUUGAGGAAGACCACAAACCUUCUGCAGCGAGCUGUCCAUUCAGACCGGGUCCCCGACACUGGGGAUGACUUUGUUGCUCUGUUUGCGCCGAAAAUGAAUGAUACAGACGUAGCGACAUGGCUAUCGUCGAACCAGGGGCGAAGGUCAGCCCUUGAGCAUUUCAAAACACAGUACCCCUGCCGUGGCUUUGUCCGAACCUCUUCAUUAUUCGGUCAGCCGUUUGGCUUCUGUAAAUGGCAUGUUAGGGAAACUUCUCCACACGAAAGCAUUGUGGAAGUCGAGUGCACGCCGCUGCCUCAGCGAAGGCACUUUCUCCGUCCAGAGACGCUGUCCACGGAUGCUGCUGAGUCGCGUCAAACUCAACGAUUCCCUGCAAAAGAUGCGACCGUCGACGCCCUUGAGGUUCUGCCGGCUCUAUUCGGCCUCUUCAUCCCUGGCGUCCUCCAGUAUUUGGAGGUGUAUCUCGUUGCACAGAAACUGUGCACCACUAUACUCCGUUCAGUCCCCGUUACCAAUAUCGGACUGGUGGUUACGGCUCUCAGCUGUCCUUCUGCCGAAUGGGUCACCAACUAUCAGCGGCUGGAGUUUGUUGGUGACUUGGUCCUCAAGUUCAUUGCGAGUUGGCAGCUCUUCCUCGACCAUCCUAGCUUCCAUGAGGGCUACCUCUCGUAUUUACGGGCCAAGAUCACGUCCAACGACACUCUCGCUCGUGCGGCAAUCCGAACAGGCCUCGACGCCUUCAUCAUUGCCGAAGUGGUGCGCAUGGGGCCAAACAGCUAUCCUCGCAUAUCGACCGUGGGGAGUGUUGGGUCUCCUGCAAACCCACGACGAAGCCUCAGCUCAAAGGUCCUGGCCGACGUUGUCGAAGCCUUGAUAGGAGCGGUGUAUGUUGACGGAGGAAUUGAGCCGGCGGUCGCUUGCAUCAACACCUUCCUGCCCGACCUUCGUCCUGCUGAGCCAAUGUCUGGGGUUGUCGAAUCCAAUCGUCCAGAAAUUGGCGUCCCUGAUUUGACAAACUUGGUCGUCCAAGCGGAGGAUAUCAUACGAUACCGGUUCCGCCACAAGGGUCUCUUACUCGAGGCUCUCACCCAUCCCACCUGUGAGAGGGACGUGCAUACGGAAUCAUAUCAGCGGCUGGAAUUUCUCGGGGAUGCCGUGCUGGACAUGUUGGUUGGCUCCCACCUUGCGAAGCUGGACGCUACUGCGGGUGAAAUGAGCCGGAUCAAGGCCGCCAUGGUUAACGGCGCCCUCCUCGGCUUCUUUUGCCUCGAGCUGUCCACGGACGAAGACGUAUCCGACAUUGAAGAGGACCCCUUCCCUCGCGGCGAGGGGACGCGUUGUGUGUUCCGGACCAAGAAGCGCCGCGAGCGACGACACUUGUGGGCGCACAUGCGCUUCCACGGGACGGAGAUCGCGCAGGCGCGGGAGCGCAGCUUGGAGCGCUAUCACGGGUUGCGGGAGGCCAUUCGAACCUCGCUGGCGACGGAGCCGCGCUACCCGUGGGUGGAACUCACCCUGCUGAAGCCGGAGAAGUUCCUCAGCGACAUGAUCGAAAGCACCAUCGGCGCCAUCUUCGUCGACGCGCAGGGCGACCUGGCGCCGUGCGAGCGCUUCCUGGAGCGUCUCGGCAUCUGGGACUACCUCCGGCGUGUGUGCGCCGAAAACGUCGACACCGAACAUCCCAAGCCGGCCCUCGCGCGCCUCCUUGCUGGAUCUGCUGUUGCUGCUGCAUCCGUCACAUAUGACACCGAAUUGGAACGAUACGAUGGCCCCACUGGGCCCCCGGCCGAGGGGGAUAAGUUGUACCGCUGUACCGUGAGGGUGGAUGAAGAAGUCCUGGCGGUCGUCCGUGUGUGCACGGCGUCCAAGGGCGAUGCUGUGACGAUUGCGGCGGAGAUGGCGAGGAGAGAGCUCCUUGCGCGGAGAAGAGGAAAUGGCACGACGGCAGAUAAUGCUACAGGCUGA